CACACCACAAAAACACUAAGCGUAUUGUAGGUUGUCAACUUUAGAGACCUGGAUGUAGCAAACAAACUUGGACUUACUUUUUACUGGUUAAGCUUUUUCCGUUCAACUUGAAGGCUUUGUAUAAGGCGGGAUUGACAGAUCUGAUGUCAUAAUGGAUCAUUUGUAAUUUUCCUGAGGCAACAAGAUGGAUGUAAGGACAUUCUAUCUGCAAGUUUAGAUUCCUUGUAGAAAGUAAAUAAACAUCCAUCAUCCUCUGGAGAUAUGGGGGACAAUAAAACUGGAGGGAUUGUUGCAGCUGCAAUGAACCGACUGAAAGUGGUGAAAGGAUUGGAGGAUGUGGAGGUGUCCGAGUGUGAGAGUUGCUCCUUUGAGGUGACUCUUAACCUGGCUUACAUAGAAGGCGUUUGGAUCAGGGAUGGAGUGCAGGUUAAGUCGAAACCAAGUUGUCGCAUCAGCACGCACGGGAAGAAACACUGCCUCAUCCUGAACCGAGUGGCUUUGGGAGAUGCUGGUUUAUACUGUUUCCGGGCCAGUGAGGUUGAGACAUCAGGCAGACUCAUUGUUAGAGCUAGAGAUAUAUAUAUUGUGAAAGAGCUGGAGGAUGUGGAUACGCUUGAGCGUCAACCCGUUAGUUUUAUAUGUGAAGUCAAUCAGGUGGAUGUGGAUGGUCGGUGGUAUCGUGAUGACUGCAGAAUCCGACCUGGAGACAACAUCAAGAUAAGACAUCAGGGUAAAACUCAUGCUUUGCUCUUCAAGUCCGUCAGACCAGAACAUGCAGGUGAAAUCAGAUUCACUGCAGAGCGAGUGUCAUCUUACGCCACUCUUACAGUAAAAGAGCUGCCAGUCCAAAUAGCUCGACCACUGAGGGUCAAAAUUGCCAUGUAUCGCCACAGAGGUUUACUAGAGUGCCAGGUGUCACGGCCUAAUGCUCAGGUCAGAUGGUACAAGAACAGGAAGGAGCUCCUGCCCUGCAAGAAGUAUCAGCUAAUCAGCCAGGAUGUCUACAGGCAGCUGACCAUCGAAGAUGUUCGCUCUUCAGAUGAAGACACCUACACAUGUGAUGCAGGGGAUGACAAAACGUCAUGUCAACUUUUAGUAGAGGAGCAAGCCAUCAGCAUAGUGCGGGGGAUGAAAUCUGUGGAGGUGAUGGAGCCGAAGCCUGCACUAUUCCAGGUAGAAACCAGUCUAAAGUCUGGGAGGCCCCCGAAGUGGAUCCUAAACAGUGAGGUCCUGGAGCACUCUGCAGGAGUGAACAUUGACCGGCAGGGGAACCUCCACAGUCUCUGUUUCACAAGCACAGACAGCUCCAUGUCAGGGCCUGUGGUGUUUGUGGCUGGGAAGAGCCGUUCCACCGCUCAGCUUUCUGUGAAGGAGCGACCUCUUGAGGUUGUUCAGCACUUAGAUGAUGUGGAGGCAAGGGAGAGCAGCUCUGUGAGUUUGUGCUGUGAGUUUGCCCCGUCUCCCCGAGUCGUGCGGUGGUUUAAAGGUCGCACCGCUCUGAAGAUCUCAAACAAAUACACCAUGAAGAGAGAGGGGAAACGAGUGGAACUGAUCAUUCACGGCCUGACGGGGACUGACGCAGGACAGUACCGCUGCAUGGCUGGAGGUUCACAAAGCACAGCACAGGUCAAGGUUGAAGCAAAAACAUUGAAGCUGGUCAAGCAUCUUGAGCCUGUUGACAUUGAGGAAGAUGGCACUGCCACUUUUUCAUGUGAGCUCAACUAUGUUGUUGCCAAUGCCGAGUGGCUGGUUAACAACGUCCGCCUCAGCGCUAACGCCAUCAACCGGAUCCAUCACAUGGGCACAAUGCACAGCCUCGUGAUGCAAAAGCUUAGACCACAGGAGAGUAGGGUCACAUUUAAAGCAGGCCUUCUCAAUGAGACAACCAUCUUAAAGGUUAAAGAACGCCCGGCAGUGUUUCUUAGGUCUUUGGAGGAUGUCGUUGGAGAAGAGCAAGGGGAGGUCUGCUUGCAGUGUGAAAUCUCUAAAGAUUCAGUAACACCUCUCUGGAGGAAGGAUGGAACUGUCCUGACAUCUGAUGAUAAACAUGAGUUUGUACAGUGCGGGAAGUCCAGGGCACUGAUCAUCCACUCACUAAGCAAGAACGAUGCUGGACAGUACACUUGUGACCUGGGCACCAGUCAGUCCAAGGCUAAAGUUACAGUACAUGAUCUACAUGUUACCAUUGUUCAGCGGAUAAAGACAGUAUCUGUUCUGGAGAGUGAAAACUGUACUUUUGAGUGCCUUCUCUCUCAUGAACUGGAUGAUGAACCCAUUUGGACCAUCAACGGUCAGGUGGUGGUUACCAACAGUCGCAUUCAGCUUGUCCACAACAAUCGCAUCUAUAAGAUGGGGAUUAGAGAUGUCGUACUCUCUGACGCUGGUGACGUUGUCUUCACAAUUAAAGACCUGAGUUGUAGAACCAUGUUAUUUGUGAAAGAGAAGCCUGUGCACAUCUUCAGGGACCUGCUCAAUGUAAAGGCUGUACCUGGGGAGGACGCUGAGCUGAGCUGUGAAAUCACCAAACCAGAAGCCACCAUUCGGUGGCUGAAAAAUGGACGUCCUAUCAGGCAGAGCCCUAAAUAUGAGAUGAGCAUUGAGAAGAACCUGGCACGCCUGGUGAUCAAGAAUGCCUCCAUCAGAGACUCUGGUGAAUACUGCUGCGAGGCUGAUGGUGUUGCAUCCCGAGCCAAGGUGGAGAUCAGAGAACUUCAGCACACUUUUGCAAGGGAGUUGAGAGAUACUCGAGGAGAAGAAAAGGGUAAAGUGACACUGGAGUGUGAAACCAGGCGGCCUGCCAAGCGUGCGACAUGGCUAAAGGGCAUGGCGGAGCUCAGACCUGGGAAGAAGUACGUCAUCAAACAGAGGGGAGUGGUUCUAUCCCUUACCAUCACCUGCCUAGAGAAAACAGACACGGAUAUUUAUGUGUGCGAUGUUGGUACCAUGCAGAGCCGGGCACAACUUACUGUGCAGGGUCAGAAGGUGAUAAUCUUGGAUGAAUUAGAAGAUGUGGAGUGCCUCGAAGGUGACACUGUAACAUUCAGGUGUCGAAUUUGUCCCGAUAACUAUUGGGGGGUCAAGUGGUAUCUGGACGAGACUCUGCUUUAUACUAAUGAGCUCAAUGAGAUCCAGGUGACACCGGGAGGUUUCCACACCCUUACAUUUAGACAACUUGCCCGUAAAGACACUGGUACUAUUUCGUUUGUAGCAGGGGACAAAAGAUCUUAUGCCUCACUGCUAGUUAGAGAGAGGCGUCCUACCAUCAUCAAAUCACUGGAAGACUGUGAGGCUUUUGAGGGAGGAGGCUUAGUUUUGUCUUGUGUGACUUCCAAGCCAUGUCACAUCUUGUGGUACAAAGAUGGCUGCCUGAUGUGGCACUCCUCCAGAUACUUCACCACCCAUUCUGGCUGUGAAGCCCGACUGACCAUUCGAGAGGUCAGCAACAGCGAUGCUGGAGUGUACGAGUGCAGUGCUGGCUCAGUCACAACCACAGCUGUCGUUACUGUCAAAGCCAUCCCAGCAGAGUUCACCCAGCCUCUGCAUGCUGUGGAGGCCAAAGAAGGAGAGGCUGUUACACUUACCUGUGAAUAUUCUUUACCUGGAGUCCAGUUUCAUUGGAGGAAAGGUUUUGAGAACAUCCGACCUGGAGAAAAGUAUGUCAUGAAGCAGAGGAAAACCAUCAUCUCUUUCACCAUCAGAGCACUUCUGCCUGAGGACUCAGGAGAGUACACAUGCCAUUGCAGGCAACACCAGACGACAGCCAGUCUCAAAGUGCAUGCUAUUCCCAUUACAUUCGUUCAGAAACUGAAGAACCUACAAGCUGAGGAGGGCAGCAGUGUGAUAUUGCGCUGUGAAAUUUCUAAGCCUGGAAUCCCAGUAGAAUGGAGGAAGGAGCACGAACUGCUGAGGAACGGUGUCAAGUUCCAGAUGAGGAAAAGGGAGACCACUUUGGAGCUCCUGAUUUGGAAACCUGCACCUGAGGACAGUGGGGUGUACAGCUGUGAGUGUGCUGAUCAGAUGACAUCUGCCACAGUCAAGAUCACCGCUCUGCCAGUCACCUUCAAACAGAAGCUGAGGAACGUGUUGAUUGAGGAGGGCAACACCGCCACAUUUCGUUGUGAACUCUCCAAGCCUGGUCAAACUGUAGAGUGGAGGAAAAGUCGAGACAGAGUCAUCAGGAAUGGAGAAAAGUAUCACGUGCGACAGAGAGACACUCUUACUGAACUCAGGAUCAUUGAUGUGUCUCCUGAAGACAGUGAUAUCUACACUUGCAUCUGUGGAAGCAUUGAGACAACAGCCACCCUGACUGUAAAUGCCAUUCCUGUGACCUUCAAGCAAAAGCUGAAGAACCAGCAAGUGGAAGAAGGACACAACAUCACACUGCAGUGUGAGAUUUCAAAAGCUGGUGUCCCAGUUGAGUGGAGGCUUGGAGGAGAGCAGUUGGAGAAUGGAGAGAAGUACCAGAUAAAGCAGAGGGAUUCCACCCUGGAACUGACCAUCAGGGAUGCUGUGCCCGAGGACAGCGGCAUCUACACCUGUGUGUGCAGAGAGCAGAAGACAAAGGCCACUGUAAAAGUCAUUGCGGUUCCUGCCACAUUUAAAGUGAGUAUGAAGAGCCAAGAGGUGGCAGAAGGAAAUAGCGUGACUUUACAAUGUGAGCUGUCAAAGAAAGGAGUUCCUAUUCAGUGGCUGAAAGAGGGUCAGGUGCUGUCUGAAGAGUUAGGCCGUAAUAAAUACCAGAUAAAGGUUGAAGGAAGGAAAGCUUCAAUGACUAUUGUCAACGCACAACCAGAUGAUGCAGGGAAGUACAGCUGUGUUACUGGUGAUGAGAAAACCACAGCAGAAAUCAGAGUCAAAGCGCUUCCUGUCACAUUCAAACAAGAACUCCAGCGCCUGUCGGUCAAAGAAGGAGAGUGUGGAGUUUUCUGCUGUGAGCUCUCCAAAUCUGGAGCUGCUGUGGAGUGGAGAAAAGGCAGAGUGAUCCUGAAACCAGGAGAGAAAUAUGAAAUGAAGCAGGAGGGCCAUCUAACCAAACUCAUUAUAAACAACGUGGAGGAAAGCGAUGCUGGCAAAUACACCUGCAAGACUAAACACAGCCAAUCCAGUGCUGAGCUCAGAGUGCGAGAAUCACCUGAGCGCAGACGUCAAAGAGAUCUCCCUCCACGCUUCAAGUUACUAUUAGUUAACCAGGAGGUCACAGAGGGCAAUGCUGUGGCUCUGCACUGUGAGCUCAACAAGCCUGCUAACUCUGUGGAGUGGAGGAGAGGAGGACAGCUACUCAGGAAUGGAGACAAGUACCAGAUGAGGAAAAAAGACCUGCAGGUGGAAAUGAAGAUCACAGACCUCACAGUGGAGGAUUCUGGAGAUUACACCUGUGUAUGUGGGGAAGAAAGGACAACAGCUCAGAUCACAGUGAAUGAAAGGCCCAUUAAAUUCAUUCAAGAUCUGAAGAAUAUUCAAGUACAGGAGGGAAACGGCGUGGCACUCUGUUGUGAGCUCUCCAAACCGGGCUUCCCAGUGCAGUGGAAGAAGGGUGACGUCGUGCUCACCAGCGGUGAGAAAUACCAGAUCAGGCAAAACGGCUCCAAGCCAGAGCUUCUCAUCAGGAAAAGCCUCCCAGAGGACAGCGGCUCUUACAGUUGCAUUUGUGAUGAUGUCAAAACUACAGCAAGUGUUGCAAUUACUGCAAUCCCAGUGAUAUUCAAGCAAAAACUUAAGAACCAGGAAGCAGUGGAGGAUGGUUGUCUAACAUUACGCUGCGAACUUUCCAAACCUGGACAAGCAAUAGAGUGGAGGAGAGAUGCACAACUUCUGAAGGAUGGAGAAAAAUACCAGAUAAAGCAGGAGGGCCGAGCAGCAGAGAUGCUGAUUAGAACUGUAACUCUUGCAGAUGCAGGAGAAUACAGCUGUUGUGCUGGGACUGCUGUGACUUCAGCUGACAUCAAAGUUAGAGCUCUUCCUGUGACAUUCAAGAAAGAAGUUGAGAAUUUGGAGGUGAAGGAAGGAGACAGUGCAGCUUUCUGCUGCGAGCUCUCCAAACCCGGCGCUCCGGUCGACUGGAGAAAAGGCAGAGUCAUCCUGAAGGCUGGUUACAAGUAUGAGAUGAAACAAGAGAGAGGUCUCACCAAGCUGAUCAUCAACAACGUGGAGGAGAACGAUGCCGGAAAAUACACAUGCAAAACAGAGGACAGUCAAUCCACCGCUGAGCUCACAGUCAAAGCUCCGCCCGUCACAUUCAAAACAAAGCUAAGGAACCAGCAGGUGGAGGAGGAAAACAAUGUGACGUUGAGCUGUGAACUGUCAAAGCCCGGCCUCGCUGUGGAGUGGGCAAAAGGGAAAGAGCUACUGAAGAGUGAUUUCAAGUACCAGAUUAAAAACCGAAACAGCAUCAUGGAGCUGACCAUCAAGAACACCCAACUGGAGGACAGCGGGCUCUACAGUUGUAUGUGUGGAGAUGUCAAGACCACAGCGCAUGUCACAAUUACACCCAUCCCUCUAACAUUCAAACUGGGUCUGAAGAACCAGGAGGCUCCGGAGGGAGGGAAAGUGUGUCUGCGCUGUGAGCUGUCCAGGGCCGGGGUGCCCGUGCAGUGGUGGAAAGGGGAGGACCAGCUGUACCACGGAGGGAGAUUCCAGAUGACACAGAGAGGGAACAUGGCUGAGAUGACCAUCAGAAACAUACAACCAGAGGAUGUUGGAGAAUACAGCUGCGUAUUUGGAGGUCAAAAGACAACAGCUGAAGUCAACGUGAGAGCUGCAGCAUCUGUGUACUUUGAGAAGGAACUAGAGAGCCAAGUGGUUACGGAGGGGAAAUCUGUGCUCAUGUCCUGUGAAGUUUCUAGUGCUAAUGUUCCUGUCACUUGGAAGAAAGACGGCACUGUGGUGGAAGACGGAGAGCAUUACAUAGUGAGAAAAAAUGGCCCUUUGCACACUCUGGAGAUUAAGAAAUUGCAGCUGGCGGAUGCUGGAGAGUACUGCUGCAUCACCAGAGGAAAGAAAACCACUGCCAAACUGAUUGUGAGGGAGCGUGUCAAGAUUGUGAAAGAACUGCAGGACCUAACAGUGACAGCUGGAGAAGACGCUGUGUUUGUGUGCGAGCUGACCCAUGCAGACGUGAGCGAGGGCAUGUGGUGGCUUUGUUCGAGCCCCCUGCAGAAAAACGAGAUGAACCAGAUGACGUGCCGUGGCCGCCAGCACCGCCUCGUCCUCACCAUGACGACACCAGAGGAGACCGGCAACGUAGCAUUUGUAGUUGGGGAGGAAAGGACCUCUGCAAAACUGUUGGUUCUCCCUAAGCCCAAAGUUUUGUUUGAGGAGAAACCCAAAGACACUGUCAUCAUGGAAGGAGAGACAGCUUUCCUGUCCUGUGCUACAUCUGAUUGCAUCACCAUGGUUACCUGGAAGCGCAACCAUGUCCCACUUCGAAGUGGUGAUAAAUAUGAGAUGCGCAAGGAGGGUAAAGUCAAUCUGCUUCUUAUCCAUGAUGUGGAGCCCCAAGACACUGGCAUAUAUUCCUGUGAUACCGGAGAUGUGCAGAGCAGUUUCAAGCUGACUGUAACAGAACUUCCUCCAUACUUUCAAGAGGAGCUACAAAGUGUAGAAGCUGAAGAAGGAGGCUCGGCCUGCCUCUACUGUGAGAUAUCUAAACUAGGAGUGCCGAUUCAGUGGAAAAAGGACAGGCUGCCGAUAAGAGCCGGCAGGAAGUAUGAGGUGAGGCAAGAUGGCUGCUUUCUCCAGCUUUACAUCAAAGAUCUUAAACCUGAGGACAGCGGCAGCUACACGUGUCAAGCAGGGAGUGCAGAGACAAGUGCAACUGUGUCUGUAAGAG